AUGUCUCUGUUAAUGGUUCCACGUGUUGAUCUUAUAUCAGUCUCGAAACUUCCGCGAUGGAAAUUGGUAAAUCGCAAUCUGCCAUCUCCGAACAGUACAACAGACAGGAAGCCAUUACAGUUCUUUAAACAAGUGCGAGGAAGCCAUGUUUUCUUUCUGUCAGCAGUUGCCAACCGAGACCGACCCAACAAGGGCGACACGAACGUCAUCAUUUCAGCCAUGGACGGUGCCGGAAUCACACUCACAUGCUGUAUCAUUAUUAACGGGGACAGACUAUUCUCGACCCCUGCUCAAUUGUUUUCAGAACACUACAAUAUAGAUUUCAUGCCAAAAAUUACUCAGUAUUUUUACCCAGCACACUUUGCUUCAAAACAGUUUCUCUGUGUUGUCCCAGGCAACAGAUCUGUGACAAAUGUUUCUCUGACGUCAUCAAAAUGCAGUGACAAUGUCGGUGACUAUGUGCCUGUGAUAUACCCACAAUCAGUAUUAGGGGGGCUAGCGAUAUGUGCCAAAACUGCGUUCGAAAAGGGACCCGUCCCUGAACGGUUUGUUGAAUGGGUUGAGAUACAACGACUUCUAGGCGUAGACAAAAUACUCUUGUUUAACUUGGGAGUUCCCGAGAAACUGGAACAAGUCUUCCGAUUUUACCACAAUCUAGGAAUACUGGACAUUGUACCCUAUGAGCUUCCAGGCGUUAUUCAAGGUGUUCCAGUGCGCGGCUUGAGUCUCGAGAGGCAGGUGAAGCCGCAGUUCUCCCACGACGAGAACCUGCCCGUGUACGAGUGCCGGGAGCGGCUGGCGGGAUACACGUACGUGGCCGGCAUAGACUUGGACGAGAUCAUUUUGCCCCACAGGAACCAAGGACUCAAACAGUUCAUGGAGGACUACUUGAAGAGGUUCCCGGAUGCUGCUGGCUUCCUCUUCCACGUGCAGUUCCACGUGACGAGUUGGGGCCGCCACGCCCACCACGACGUCUUCUUCCUCGACUACCAGCGGAGCACGCCACCUCGCUGGGAGUGCGAGAAGUACAUCUACCUGCCUGAGAGAACCCAUCUGGCGCACACCCACUCGUUUGAAGCCAAGCCCAGCUUCCGUAGUUACAGUUUGUCUCGAGAUGCCGCCAUCAUCCACCACUACAGGACGUGUCCGCUGGGCUGGGCGACGUGUUUUCCAGAAAUCAUCAUCGACAAGGAAAUGCUGAGAUUUUCCAGCGUCCUGCAGCAGAAACUGAAACGCGUUCACAAGUAUCUGGGAUGGGCGUAACCGCUCCACCUCAAGUUUUCAUAGAACUACGUCUUUCCUGCCUCGAGUAUUUGGGACAAAAUGACACUACCCAUAACAAAAGAAGAAAUCAAGACUGAAAUAUGACACUGCGCCGUUGAUAGUAGUUGACAUUGGACUAAUUCAGAUAUUAUUACCCACGUGUUGUGUGCUGUCCAGAUUGUUAACCACGUGGUUCAGAAUGUCUCGGUUGAUAUCAAACUGUCACAUCCCACUUGAACGUAAAGUGGGAGUGAACAGCCAUACGAUUAGCGCACUACAAUCUUACCGAAACGACAGUCAACCGAACAUUGAUAGAAAUAAACGUUUCGCUACUCUUGAAAUUAUUUUAAUUUUCAGUCGCUAAAGCUCGUGACAGUUGAAAAUUAUUUUACUUGGGACAUAAACAUGAUUCGAACUGAAAUGGAAGCGCGUGUAAUAUCCUAUAAAUAUGACCCCGACAUGUUCACAAGGAGCUGUGGGCCUAACGGAAAUUGUUGAGGGAGAUCAACAUGUAAAGCGUGAAACCAAAGAAUCUGUAGCAUGCCAUUUUAAGAUUGUAGUGACUUCAAUUAGCUCUGGUAACAGUCUGCUCCACACCGAUCGUGUGUCACUGAGCGUCACUUGAACACCGUAAUAAUGUA